AUGCAACAAAAAGAUAAGAUUCAAUUUCAAGAUCUCAUUAACAAGAUUCCUAUCCUAGAGGAAUAUCUGCAAUUGAAGGAUGGAGCAAUUUUAGAUGAUUUCUUUUCUAUUUUGUGCACAUCUUUAGAAGAUGAAGAUUUGAAGCAGACAAUAUACGAAUUUAUAAAAAAUCUGCGAAGUGUUGAUAUUAAUUAUAUUUCUUUUACGAGUUUAUCUUUUAUUUUUCAAACAAUCCUCAAUCUAGUUAAAAAAUACCCAGAUAUCAUCAUAGAAUCAGGAGUCAAAGAUGUGUUCAAGAUGUUUACCAACCAAAGAAUAAUUAAUCCAAAUGAUUUUUUAUCAAGGUUUUAUAACACACUUCUAAACCAAGAAAAAUUACCUCUAGUCGAUAUACAUGAAUUGUUAUUAAAUCCUAUUACAAAACCAAGUGAUUCUGAAGAUAAAGAAAUUCGUGACAAAUUUAACAAACUACUAGAUUUUUUGCUAACCACUAUUCAAAAUGAAAUGACUGGUAGAGAGUAUGAUGCCGAGAAAGCAUAUCCAAAUUUGAAUGUCAAAAUUUCAAUCAAUGAAUCAAAAGAAAUUUUAUCGAAAUUUCCCUAUAAUUCUGAUCUAUCAUCAGUUGUUUUCAAGUAUUUAACCACAAAGAAAUUAAUAAAUCAUUCAAUUUUACAAGAUACUUGGGAAAAGCACUGUAAAGACAUUGUUGAUUAUCCUAAAUCAGAAACUGGAGUUGCUAUUCCAAGAAUUACUAAUAUUUUGCAUGAAACAGGUGUUAUACCGAAAUUUUUUAUUUAUCUCAACGAGAAAAAGGUUCCAUUUACCCAAUAUGAUACUUUAUUAGAAGCAGUAUUUGCAUUGAAUGAAGAUUGCAAUGAUAUUCAUUUAAAACUUAAACCUGCAAAAGAUAACGAAAAAUACAUCAGAACUGAGCCCAUUGGAGUGUCUGAUCCAUUUCUUGCUGCAGUUCACUUCAAAAUCCGUGAAUACUACUACAAAACCAAAAAAUAUUUGAUAAAUGAAAAACUUGAUACGUUUGCAAGAGAUAAAAUCGAAAAAAAUGUUAAAUCAACGAUUUGUUCUUUACAUCCUAUAUCUCGGUUGAUUUAUCAAUAUCCAUUUUUAUUUUCAUACGAUACAAGAUACAGUUUCCUCAAUAUCAAGUACAUAAGUGUUGAUCACGCGCUAUCUGAGAAGGGUUCCGAAUACAAAGCUUCUAUUAUUGUCCGAAAAGAUAAGAUUUUUGAAGACGGAUUGAAAAUUCUGAAGCAUUGUGGUCCAGGAACUUUGAAUUGGGACUGUAAAUUCUAUGGCGAAGCCGGUAUCGGAAGUGGUCCUUCGAGAGAAUUCAUUUUUUCACUAACAAAUGAAUUUCUACAGAGAGAUCAGACAUUUAGAAAAUAUGAGAUGGGAUAUAUGCCUAUCCAUGGUGCAAAAAACAUGAAAGAAUUUGGUAUUUUAAUUGCAAAGACAAUAAUUAUGCAAGCUACAAUAAAUGAUGCAUUUUGUGAUGCAUUCUUCAAGUUACUUUGUGGAGAAAGAUUCGAUUGGACUGAAAUUGAUAAAAGUUAUGCAAAUAUGUUCAAUAAUCCCGAGAAAUUGAUUGGAUGUGAUCUUGCUACCUUUAACCUUGGUGAUGGAGAUAUUACUGAAGAAAAUUGUCAAUAUGUUUUAGAACAAUUCAAGGUUGAAAAUUAUUUCAAAUAUGUUCUUGAAGAUUUUAUCCAAGGCUUUGGUACUGUUAUGGCUCCAAGUGCAUUAAAAUUGUUUUCAUCUGAAGAAUUAAAGCAAAUCAUUUGUGGAAACAACAAAUACAAUUAUACAAUUGAAGAUCUAAGAGAGAGCAUUGAUUGUUCGCAAGGUGUAACGCCUAAUAUUCAAAAAUGGCUAUUUGAGAUAUUAGCGGAAUUUGAUCAAGAAACUUUCCAAAAUUUCCUAAAAUUUGUUACCGGAUCUCAAAAAUUCCCUCAAAACGACUUGAAGAAACUCAAUCCUAAGAUUAGCUUAGAUAAAGGAGACCAAAAUCUUGAAGCUUUCCCAACUGCAAAGACUUGCAUGAGAAGAAUCAAGAUCCCUGACUAUCCAACUAAAGAAAUCUUGCGUGAAAAGCUACUGUAUGCUAUUUCUAACAUCGACAAUAUGCAGUUUGGUUAUGAUUAA